AAAGGAGAUAAAGAUCGCAAGAGCACUGAAUCACACAGACGAUCCGUUUUUGGCAGAAAAGAAAGGAAAAGAAUUAUGGGGGCGGAAGCAGAAGAGCGGGAAAAGCAGGGAACUGAGAAGCCAAAGCCCAAUCCCAUCACGCAGGCUCAGUUUCUAUCUUGGAAGCGACAGAAGGAUGCGGAUGCAUCAGCUAGAAAAGCUGAAGCAACAAGGAAACGUGCAGAGGAUAUUGCUGCUGGAACAGUCCAAAUGAAUGGCCGGGAGCUGUUUCUACUUGAGCCUUGGGUUUUUGAUGACCCUCAUUAUUGAGAUUGGUCUUAAUGAAGGAUUACAUAUGCUACUUUGUGUAUUUAAAUAAAGGCUUACUCCUAUGAUUAAAUUGUUAUAACAAGGAUUACAUUUGAAAUUCAGCUAUAUGGUCCUGAUAUCUUACUUGGGAUGUAUGGUGAUUCAAACUCAAUUCAAGACAUAAGGUAUUCAACCUCUA